GCGGGCUGGGCGGGGCCGCGCGUGCCGGCGUUGCCGGGUAACGGCCGCCCCGGGCAAUGGCGGCGGGGCCGCCCCGCGGUUGAUGCCUGGCGAUUUAAAGUCGUAGGAAUAGCUGGCAAAGCUGUUUAGGACUGUGUUGAAAAUGCUGGGAGAGAAAAAGCAGUUAAUGGUGGCAAGAAACCUUUACACAGACCCCACGUUUCCGGCCAGUGAUACCUCUAUAUUUUUUAAUUAUUGUACCCCGCUUGCCCAAUUCAGAGGCGAGAUCUCUUGGUUGAGACCUAAGGACAUUUGUUCCUCUCCUCGGUUAUUUUCAAACAAUCUGCAGGAUGUGCAAGUAAAACAAGGAAUUUUGGGAGACUGUUGGUUCCUGUGUGCCUGUGUAGCUUUGCAGAAGAGCAAAUACUUACUGAACAAGGUAAUCCCUCCAGGUCAGCCCAGCUGGACAGAUGAGUCCUACCAAGGCUGUUUCACCUGCCGGGUCUGGCAGUUUGGCCACUGGGUGGAAGUGACCAUUGAUGAUCGCCUGCCUUGCCUUGGGGGCAAACUCUGCUUUUCCCAGUGUCAGACAGAGGAUUUGUUUUGGCUUCCACUACUGGAAAAAGCUUAUGCAAAAGUGCAUGGAUCUUAUGAGCAGUUGUGGGCAGGACAGGUGGCAGAUGCUUUGGUUGAUCUGACUGGAGGAAUUGCUGAAAGAUGGACCCUGAAAGGCCCUGGAAAAAAUGUGGAGAAAGAGAAGACUGGCAUGGUUUUGGAGAAAGCAGUGUUUAGAAGAUUAAUGAAUCUGAAGGAGCAGUGUGUAAUAAGCUGUUCAGUCCUCAACUCCAGACGAGGUGCAAGUGAACUAGGAGAAUUUCAUGCCUUUAUUGUGAUAGACACAUUGAAUCUCUCUGAAGUGUCAGGCAAGGAAAUCUUCCUGCUACGAAUACGAAAUCCGUGGGGGAGGCGGUGCUGGAAAGGGCCUUGGUGUGAGGGUGGUCAAGGAUGGAACCAGCUGGAUCCAGUAGUUGCUUCAGAACUCCUCUCACAGAUCCAAGAAGGAGAAUUCUGGGUUGAUGAAGAGGAAUUUUUCAGGGAGUUUGAUGAGAUUACUGUGGGCUUUCCAGUCAAUGAGGAAGGACAACUUCAGAGCCUCUAUACAGAGAAAGUGCUGUAUCACUCUCAGAAUCUCUUUGGAUCCUGGGUGAGAGGCCAGUCUGCAGGUGGCUGCCGCAACAACAGCAGCUUCCCUACCAACCCCAAGUUCUGGCUGAGGGUCUGUGAAUCGAGUGAGGUGUGCAUUGCUCUGCUGCAGAAACACAGGGAAUACAGCACUGACUGGGCUGGAAGGAUUCAAAAUCCAACUCGCUUAGCAGAGGAAAAUCCAUCUUUGACUGAAGGCAUACAGGGAAAGAAUUACCAGGCUGUGGGAUUGCAUGUCUGGAAGGUGGAGAAGAAACGAUUUAACCUUCCAAAGACCCUCUCUGCUCCUCCAGUUGUAGGUACCAUCUGCCAUUCCUACGAUAGAGAAGUCCAUGUGUGCUGUGACCUUUCACCUGGCUUUUAUCUUGUUGUUCCCAGCACUUUUCUGAAAGAUGCAGUAGGGAAUUUCUUGCUUCGUGUAUUUUCAACGGGAAGGAUCUCUCUCAGUGAACUAAAGCCACCACCCAUGGAUGCUACCCUCUGUGAAGAACUCCCAGCUGGCGAAUGGGAGACAGUGCAGCUGCAUGGAUGCUGGAAGAAUGGGCUAAAUGCUGGAGGUAGCAGGAACUUCCCCUCCUUCCAUAUCAAUCCUUGCUUUCCCCUCUCCAUUCCUGCAGGACCAGGGAAAAGCAGUGUGAAAGUCACCCUCCGUCAGCACUGCCUGGAUAGCAAGUGUUGUCCAAUAGGUUUCCAUAUUUUUCAGGUGCCUAACAGCGGCUGGAAACCACAAACUACUUCUUUUGUACACUUGGAGCCACUGGUGAGCUGUGUUCCUCACUGCUAUUCCCAGGAAGUCAGCCGACUUUGCAGGCUUCCUGCAGGAAAUUAUGUCAUUAUUCCUUCUACAUACUUGCCCAAUACAGAAGGCAAUUUUACAGUGGUCAUAGCAACCAAAAUAGACAGGAAGCGCAUUCACAGCCAGGAGACACUUGGACAAGUAUUACAAGAGGUUUCCUUUACAACUGUGAUGAAAAGGUAGGGUAUACCUCAAGAACCAUCAAAAUACACUGGAGUGGAAAAAGUCCAAGUUUGUAUCUGACACUGCCAGUCCUGCUGCUGAGCACUUUACCUUGGGCCCUUUAGGGAACCAAGCAGAUGAUGGGUUCAAAAGAAAGAUUUUUUUGGUGAGUUUUCUUAAUGAAUGCCAGAAAUAAAAAAGACAAGACUUGAAAGCUUUUGAACUAUCCUGUCAGACUGCUUUUAUAAAUCUGUAAGAAUGUGUUUUAUGGAAACAUGCCCUUAUACCCUUGCUGCAAGAAAUGUGCAGUUUAAAAGUUUGUUCUUAAUUUAUGUUUGAAAGUGUUUCUUAUUCAAGCAGGAUUUUUUAAAUGUUAUAUUUUCCUCAAUGAAAAUAAAGUGACAUUGAAAGUUUUAAAAUGGCUUUUAUUUAAAAAGUGAAAUAUUUCAAUGAUGUCAAGUAUGCAUUUGUUCUGUGGUAGCAAACAUUACCAUGUGUUAGAAACCUGGGGUUUCACUUAGUGGAAGGGAAUAAUUGGAAAUACUUGCGAAGACAAUCAAGUCUUCCAUUAGUUUUAUGUCCCAGAAACAUGUAGUAUUCUACUUUUGCUUUUAACUACAUCCUGCCAUAAUUUCUGCUAGCUCCUGUUGAACUUUGAAAAUUGAAAGGAUUUAGGAUGCUUUUGGCUGAAUUUUAAAUGGUCAAAACCUUCCACUUCUGUUAAUGUCGAAAAAGAAGAAAAGAAAACGCUGUGAGUAAUAAAUCUCUACUGUACCUACAAAAACAA